AUGGCUAGCGGGUUCCAAUUAGGGUGGUACCGGUGGCUACCGUUCCUGGGAUAUCACCACGUCUUGAUGAUUCUCAUCAUGAUCACAAUUAUCCUAUUAUCCCUCCUCCUAGCAGGCUGCUCGUCCUCAUCACCCGUCAUCCCCGAUAUCUUUCUAUUGUCGCUCUACUACGAAAACUACCAAGCCAUCCCCGACACCUCGCAGGUGCACUACGACGUCACCACCGCCAUCGCCAACAUUGUGGACGGCGCCCGUCUCCAGGCGCGCGUUGGCUUCUUUGGCAUCUGCGUUAAUCCCGAUGGCGGGUCGUGGUUGUGCAGCAACAAUGCGACAACGCUAGCGAACGAGAUCUCGGUUGAUCAGGAUCCUUUGAAUCUGGUCUGGUUGGCCGCGCAGUUCAAGGAUAUGAUUGUCUUUCCAUACUUGAUCAUCAUCGCAAUCAUCUUCGCCUUCGUUUGCCUCCUCCUCCUCGCCACCUUCCCCGGCUGGCACGAAGAGGAAGACUCGGAGGGCUCCGAGCGCGAGGUCAAACCUUUCCCUUCGCGGCCUGUUAGCCAGGUCGCCCUCGUCAUCAUCUUUAUCGCGACCAUUUUUGUCUUAGUCUCGGUGCUGUGGCAGCAUACGGCGUCGGUGGCAGCAUCCGUCAUCGCUCAGGACUUUGGCAACGGGAGCGUCAUGGCCGGCGUGGGCAGCUCAGCCAUGGUGUUGGGCUGGUUCAGCUUCACGCUGUUGAUCAUUGUCACGAUUGGUUUGCUGGUCAUGAUAUUGAGUAUGAGAGUCUUGAGUGAGCUCAUGGCUUAAGGCCGGUAGAUAUUGGGUUUGAUGAGGUUUGUCGUUGGACAAAAGGGGGAGGCGCAUUUUCUUUUUCUCGUUCUUCUCAUCGCACUAUAUGGGAGGCUGGGCAAAGGCGCUGAUAGAGAUCUUGUUUUUUU